AUGUCUCGAGCUGAAGAACUCUGGGAGCGGUUAGUUCGUGCUGCUUUAAGAAGGGAAAGAACUGGUGAUGAUGCAUUUGGGCAACCUGCUGGUGGAAUUGCUGGAAAUGUGCCAUCUGCACUUGCUAAAAAUAGAGAUAUUGAUGAAAUUUUAAGAGUUGCAGAUGAAAUUCAAGACGAUGCUCCCACAGUUUCUCGAAUAUUAUGUGAGCAUGCAUAUUCAUUAUCUCAAAAUUUGGACCCCAACAGUGAAGGCCGAGGUGUUUUACAAUUCAAGACCGGUUUGAUGUCUGUCAUUAAGCAAAAGUUGGCUAAAAGGGAAGUUGGAACCAUAGAUAGAAGUCAGGACAUUGCCCGAUUACAGGAGUUCUACAAGAGUUACAGAAAGAAAAAUAAUGUGGAUAAAUUACUUGAGGAGGAAAUGCAAUUGAGGGAAUCUGGUGCUUUCAGCCGUAAUCUUGGCGAGUUGGAGCGUAAGACUGUGAAGAGGAAAAGGGUUUUUGCUACCUUAAAGGUUUUAGGAACAGUACUUGAGCAGCUGAGUGAAGAAAUUCCUGAUGAGCUUAAGCGGGUCAUGGAAUCAGAUUCUGCAUCAACCGAGGAUCUGAUUGCUUACAACAUCAUCCCUAUAGAUGCUGCUUCUUCAACAAAUGCUAUUGCUUUUUUCCCCGAGGUGCAAGCAGCAAUUUCAGCUCUGAAGUAUUUCAAUGGCUUGCCUGAACUGCCCAGGGCCUAUUUCAUCCCUCCUACAAGGAAUGCCAACAUGUUAGAUUUUCUGCAGUAUACUUUUGGAUUUCAGAAAGAUAAUGUAGCUAAUCAGCGCGAACACAUAGUUCAUCUGCUUGCAAAUGAGCAAUCUCGGCUUGGAGUUCCAGACAAAACUGAACCCAAAUUGGAUGAAGCAGCCUUGCAUGAAGUAUUCCUCAAAUCCCUCGAUAAUUACACAAAUUGGUGCAACUACCUAUGCAUUCAGCCUGUCUGGAGCAGUUUGGAAGCUGUUACUAAAGAGAAGAAAUUGCUGUAUGUUUCUUUAUACCUCCUAAUUUGGGGAGAAGCUUCAAAUGUCAGGUUUCUACCUGAAUGCUUGUGCUACAUAUUCCAUCAUAUGGCUCGAGAGAUGGAUGAGAUCUUAAGGCAGCAGGUUGCACAUACAGCUAAUAGUUGCACUUCCGAGAAUGGUGUCUCAUUUCUUGAUCAAGUUAUCCUUCCUCUCUAUGAAGUUAUUUCUGCAGAAGCUGGAAACAAUGAUAAUGGGAAGGCAUCUCAUUCAUCUUGGAGAAAUUACGAUGAUUUUAAUGAGUAUUUCUGGUCAUUACAUUGCUUUGAGCUUAGCUGGCCGUGGCGCAAAAGUUCUUCAUUUUUCCAAAAGCCAGAACAUAGAUCUAAGAAAAUUUCAUCUGGCAGAAGUCAGCGUCAGGGGAAAACAUCUUUUGUGGAGCAUCGGACUUUUUUUCAUCUUUAUCAUAGUUUCCACCGAUUAUGGAUAUUUCUUUUCAUGAUGUUCCAGGGUCUAGCAAUUAUUGCUUUCAAUGAUGGAAGAUUUGAUGCCAAGACCUGGCGAGAGGUUCUUAGUCUUGGACCCACAUUUGUUGUGAUGAAAUUUUUUGAGAGUGUCCUGGACAUUUUCAUGAUGUACGGUGCAUAUAAAACGACGAGGCGUUCAGCUUUAUCACGAAUAUUUCUAAGAUUUAUUUGGUUUAGCGUUACUUCAGUUUUUGUAACUUUCCUUUAUAUAAAAGCACUCCAGGAAGAGAGUAAAAGAGAUUCGAAUUCAGUUAUUUUCAAAUUAUAUGUGCUUGUCAUUGGGAUUUAUGCCGGUGUUCAGUUUUUCAUUAGUUUCCUCAUGCGGAUUCCUGCAUGCCAUCUUCUGACAAACCGGUGUGACAGCUGGCCUCUCAUUCGCUUUGCGAAAUGGCUGCGCCAGGAACGGUAUUACGUUGGCCGGGGAAUGUACGAAAGGAGUUUGGAUUUCAUAAAGUAUAUGCUGUUUUGGCUUGUCAUUUUGAGUGCAAAAUUUUCGUUUGCUUACUUUCUUCAGAUCAAGCCACUUGUGGUCCCAACAAGGGAUAUAAUAAAAGAGAAUAAUAUAGUGUACUCUUGGCAUGAUUUUGUCUCUAAAAAUAAUCACAAUGCUUUGACAGUUAUUAGCAUAUGGGCUCCAGUGGUUUGUAUUUAUCUGUUGGACAUUUAUGUGUUUUAUACACUUGUAUCGGCUGUCUGGGGAUUCUUGCUGGGGGCUAGAGCUCGUUUGGGUGAGAUAAGGUCAUUGGAAGCGCUACAAAAGCUUUUUGAGCAGUUUCCUGGAGCUUUCAUGGACACUCUUCAUGUUGCUCUACCCAACAGGAGUGCCCAACUGUCAUCAUUUCAGGUUGUUGAAAAGGACAAGGUUGAUGCUUCUCGGUUCUCCCCGUUUUGGAAUGAGAUUAUAAGAAAUCUAAGGGAGGAAGAUUAUAUAGCCAACUUUGAACUGGAGUUGCUUUUAAUGCCAAGAAAUUCUGGAGAUAUUCCUUUGGUUCAGUGGCCACUCUUUCUACUUGCAAGCAAGGAUUUGCUAGAAUGUUAUUUCUAG